CCCGGCGGGGCUCGGUCACUAUAACUCGGCGGCGCCCAUGGCAGCGGGCCCCCAGCCGGGGAGCCCAGCGCAGCCCGGCCCGCGGCGGAGCCGCCCGGCAGGUCGGCCUCUGGCAGCGUGAUGGAGGAAGGGCCCCACAACUCCAGCGGAGGCCAGCAAGGCUGGUUUGCGGCCAGGAACGGGAGCGGCAGCUCCUUGGACCUGGAGUCGGUGGUGCGACCUGUUGCCUUGAACCCGUGGGAUGUUGCCCUCUGCAUCUCAGGGACCAUCAUCUCCUGUGAGAACGCCAUCGUGGUGGUGGUGAUCUUCUACACCCCGGCUUUACGGGCUCCCAUGUUCCUCCUCAUCGGCAGCUUGGCCACAGCCGAUCUCCUGGCUGGCUUGGGGCUGAUCCUGCAUUUUGCCUUUGUCUACUUCAUCCCGUCGGAGGCCAUCAGCCUGCUCACGGUGGGGCUCCUGGUCACCUCCUUCACGGCCAGCGUCAGCAGCUUGCUGACCAUCACCAUCGACCGCUACCUGUCCCUCUACAAUGCCCUGACCUACUACUCGGAGAGGACGGUCACCAGGACUUACAUCAUGUUGAUCCUGGCCUGGGGAGCCUCCAUCUGCUACGGGCUCCUGCCUGUCAUGGGCUGGAACUGCCUGAAGGACCAAUCUGCCUGCAGCAUCGUGAAGCCGCUGACGAAGAACCACCUCAUCAUCCUCUCCGUCUCCUUCUUCAUGGUCUUUGCGGUGAUGCUCCAGCUCUACGUGCAGAUCUGCAAGAUCGUGUGCCGGCACGCCCACCAGAUCGCCGUGCAGAGACACUUCCUGGCCAGCUCCCACUACGUCACCACCCGGAAAGGCAUCGCCACCUUGGCCGUCAUCCUGGGCACCUUCGCCUCGUGCUGGCUGCCCUUUGCCGUUUACUGUCUCCUGGGGGAUUACAGCUACCCGGCCCUCUACACCUACGUGACCCUCCUCCCCGCCACCUACAACUCCAUGAUCAACCCGGUUAUUUAUGCCUUCAGGAACCAAGAGAUCCAGAAAGUCCUGUGGACCGUGUGCUGCGGGUGCUUCUCUUCCACGAUGCCUUUCCGGUCCAGGUCCCCCAGUGACGUCUAGCGCGUCACCCCCUCCCGAAUCUGUUUGCACAUGUUUGACUCAUUGAUUUUUGUUGGUGUCUUUUCUAUUUUCUGUUCUCCCCCCCAAACCAGAGGCACUUUGCAAGAGCGCUCUGAAAUGAGCAGCUCUUCCCAGCCCUGUCCUUUUGUGCGCAAUCUCUUUUCUUCCUCUAUUUUUCCACUUUCUGAAUUUGCAGAAGAAAAAUGUAUUUUUUAAUCCAUAAUAUAAUAUAUAUUUAUGUGUGCAUGAGAGGGAGAGAGGGGGAGGGAGGGAGAGAGAUCCUCAUAUUUUCUUUGAAAAUAUUUAUGGUGCAUUAUUUUUUUAAGGGGAUUGAUACCAGAACCGUUCGCUCCUCUUUGCUUUUUUACAGCCUUAUUUACCUCAGAGAUAAAUAUAUUUUUUGUACAUUUAUGGGGAGGGGGGAGAAACCCAUCGCUUCCCAGUGAAGGAAGGACUCAAAUCCACCUCCCCCUUCUCCCAGCCAUCCAUGUAUUUUUUUUUUUAAUUAUUGUUGGUUUUUUAUUCUCUCUUCUCCAUGCCCAGCUUUCCCCCCACGGCUGUCCCAGCUCUGGGACUUGCUGCCCUCUAGUGCUCGCUGCUUUUUGGGGAGGAGAUGCUGCUGGCGACCCUGCGCCCCCAAACCGCGGCGGCUCGGGGUCCCUGGAGCUGGGGGCAACAGGGCAGCGCCGCUUCCCACGCCGGCAUGUUCGGAGCGGCCUCCCGCACCCUGGGAGAAGCGGUUCCUUGCGCAGGAGCCGGCAUUGGCUUUGCGUGUUUUGGGGUGGGGGGAGAUGGAUGCGCAGGGAUGCUGGGGGACACAGCGGGGACGGCUCUGCUGCAGCGCGGCCCGGACUGCUGGCUCUCGGGGUGGCCGCUG